AUGAAAUUCCUGCACCUCGUCACUUUCUGCGGGCUCGCCUCCAGCGCCAUCAUCCGCCCCUUCAAUCUGACUUCGGAUACUGUGGCACAGGAUGGCAAACACGGAAAUCUAUCGGUGGUUGAUUACAUCCCAAACCCCUCUCAGCGAUUCCCACGCAAGCUGGACGCCGACGAGGGUGAACUAUCCGAAGGAGAGAAAAUCCAGGCCUUCAAAGCUGCCAAGCAGGCAGCAGGGCGCCGCAGCCUCGAAGUUGGCAAGCACUACUACUUCAUGAAUUGUUAUAAAGCAGCAGCGGAUUAUGUUCCGAACACAGACGCAGGGAAAUGGGCAGCGGGAGAGUACAAAAAGCUUAUACAACAGGAGAAAAAAAAGAACAUUUACGGUUGUACCCAUGUCGGCCUUGUCUUGGGGAGAGUUUCCAAAGUCGCGAAGGACUCUUCUGGAUGUAUUGGGUGUGGAACGGUGCGGACGUUUGAUGGGACAUUCCGUGAUGUGAUACUCAAGGAUUUCGGAAAUUCUGGUGCCUAUUGGCAUGUGAGGGAAAAUCGAUAUGCUUUUCGGGGGAGCCAAGAACUAUUUUACGGGGGUCAAGUCGACUUGACAAGAUAUGGUAACAACAUUACUGCUCUGAACGUCGAUCUUGACAACGCUGGGAGCGAGUGGCGUACGGAGGCAAUGGGUGGUGGUAAGCAGGGGACGUUCGAUGCUUCUACAAACUGUCUCACGUACUACCGGUACCUUGUCAAUCGCCUGACUCGCAAGUAG